UGUUUAAAAUAACAUAUGGUGUGUUGUUUAUGAAAGUUGCUCCGCAUUGAUUUAAAAUGACACACUCAAAUUACUUCAUAAAAUUAAUCCGUCGAUAUAGCUUCCGGUGUAUUAUGGUUAGUUUGGCAUUGCAUUAUGUUACAAACUCAUACAAAAGUAAUGGUUCAUACUGUGAUGCAGACACUGCAUACUUACAUUGGUCUACGGAAUUGCCUGCAGUGACAGUUUGCUACUCUGAAAAAAACUUGAUGUACAGUAACACUGAAGUUGAUUAUCCACUCAAUACAAAUAUAUUAACAAGAACCAAGGAAUUUAGAGCAAAAAAUGUCAUUGCCAUUUGUAAUCAAUUAUUUAAAUCAUGUUCAUGGUGCGGAAAAAAAUUUAACUGCUGCCGUCAUUUUCAAUCAAACCGGCUUUUAAUUAAUCAACCUUGUUAUUCUAUAAAUUCUUUACAAACUAUUGAAAAAAGAAAAAAAUUAUCUGUAAGCCACUUUUCAAAGAUAGGACCAUUAAUAAUCGAAUUUUCACUGCCUUCUGUUAUUGCGUUGCACGAUCCUACCUAUGUGUUAUUCGGGAAAUCUCAAGAGCCACUUUUUAAUAUUCAUUUGAACAAUGAAAUUGAGAUUAUAUAUUCAACAAGACAAAUUAUUGAAGAUUCUUCUUUAACAAUUUUGGAUUCUUCUAAACGAGGUUGUUUGUUACGAAAUGAGAAAAAACUUAUACAUCACAAUAUGUACAGCCAAACUGCCUGUUUGCUUGAAUGUGCUAUGUAUAAACCCAGUUUGUAUGCUUUAAAUGAGACAUUUUGUAAUUGUCUUCCGAACUGCGCCGAAAUCGAACUCAAAUAUAUUUGGAAUCAUAUUCACAAAACAGAGGAUAACACAACACGAUGUAUUUUAACAAUGAUAAAACCAGCUACUGAAAGGUUAAUAUUAAAGGCCAAAAAAGACUUCAUUGAUUUAAUAAUUAUUCUCGCCUGUCUAAUGAAGCUUUUUACUGGUCUUACAUUUCCAGACAUACUCAAGUGUUUUUUUAAAACAUCAAAUUCAGGCAAGGUUCUAUCAAGUCCUCGACCUUUACGUGAGACUCCAGUCAAGUUGUGUAUUAGCAGAAAAAAAACCUGACCCAUAAUUAUGUAGUUGUGAUGUGUGUAUACUCUACACGCUU